AUGCCUAGAAGAAUUCCUGAUUAUCCUGAUGCAUUUGCUGGAUGGAAUGCUGUAUCAAGUUUUGGUUCACUUAUCUCUGUUAUAGCUACUAUUAUAUUCGGUUAUAUUCUUUACGAUAUUUUUGUAAAUGGUAAAGAAGUAAGUAAUAACCCUUGGGCUGUUCCUUCUUAUUUUACAUCAAUAGAAGUAUUUAAUAGUGAAACACAAACAGCAAAUACAUUAGAAUGGACAUUAGCUAGUCCUAUUCCAUUCCAUGCAUUUAAUAUGUUACCUGUACAAUCUUAAAAUAUUUAAUUUAUUUGUAUUACGCUUAAUUAAAUUUAUUAAGAAUUAAAAAUAAAAUAUAAUAAUGGUAAUCUAUUUUUUAUUUUUAUUUUUUUUUUUACCCCUUUUUUUUUUAAUUAUAGUAAAUUUUUAUAUCUGAAAUAUUUAGAUCAAAUAACAACUCAUAUCCCCAUUUCUCUUAUAAGUUAUCCGCCUUUCUGUACUU